AGGACGGGCAGAAAAUACACUGUGUGGCCCACAAACAGCUGUGGCCACUGAUGGAGAGACCGAGAAACGCUAUCAAGACGAGUUUUUUUGCUAGUUUGUUUUCGUUUUGUGUUCCUCUCUCUCUCUCUCUCUCUCUCUCUCUCUCUCACACACACUCACUCUCUUCUGGCGGUGUUGACCACAGCUGAGGAACCAGCGAUGGAUUCUUCUCCCACAGGCCUGAACCCAUACACAGCUGUACAGCUGCGACAUGACUGAUGAGGAGUUUUUUCUCUAGAUGAAUAUGGAGAUCAUUAAAAAAGUCAACUACACUAGGAUGCAGGGGAGGAGACGCCAAUCAGCAGAAUCCAGGAAACCCAAAGUGACAGACCAUAGACUGAUUGGAUGUGUGUAAGAGAAGGGAUGAAUUGUUGUCGUGUUGUUUUUGCACAUCAUCUAUGGAUUCAUCUGCCAGCACAGCCCUGUGGGGCAGCAACUACUCAGCCCACACCUCCAGGCCAAGCUUCACCAACCAGCUAGGCACCUCUUCACCUGUUGUGCCGAGGGUUGUUUCCAUAGUGACCAGCCUGGUGACCUCAACCACCGAGGCUACAGUGGGAACUACAGGAAACCUAUCGGCCUUUAGAGAUGAAAGAGGGAUUGAGCUUGGUCAAACCCAUCAGGCAUCGACGCCAGCUCUGGUGAGCACUGCAGAGAGUAACUCUGCCCUGCAGGGCAUCACAGUGGCAGCCCAGGCUCUGGUGCUCCUCUCCAUCUUCCUCCUCUCCAGCCUCGGUAAUUCCGCAGUUGUCAUUGUCAUCAUCAAACACAGGCAGCUUCGCACAGUGACCAAUGCUUUCAUUAUGUCACUGUCGCUGUCGGACUUCCUCACAGCUGUCCUGUGCCUGCCCUUCUCCUUUGUCAUGCUCUUCAGCAAGGACGGCAUCUGGAUGUUUGGGGAUCAUUUCUGUGUGGCCAAUGGCUUUUUCAAUACCUGCUUCGGGAUCAUCUCCACCCUGACAAUGACUUUGAUCUCCUUUGAUAGGUAUUACGCCAUAGUUCGACAGCCACAGGCUAAAAUAGGGCGUCAGAAAGCCACUCAGUUGUUGAUAGCUGUCUGGUUGACUGCAGUCAUUUUCUCUAUACCUUGGUAUCUGCUGCUUCGGACACCAACAGAAAUCCAUAAGCGAGGGUUCUACCAUUGUAUGUAUGUGUUCCACUCUGGGACGUCACGCAUGGGGACGGUGUAUAGCAUCUGCAUGAUUGUUAUCUGUUAUUUACUGCCCUUCUCCCUCAUGUGCUUUUGUCAUUAUAACAUCUGUAAGACAGUGCGGCUCUCAGAGAUCCGAGUCAGGCCGGUGACCACAUACGCAUACUUACUGCGAUUUUACAGUGAAAUGCGAACGGCCACCACAGUUCUUAUCAUGAUUGUUUUUAUUAUAUUUUGUUGGGGGCCAUAUUGUUUAAUGGGGUUGGUUACAGCAAUGGGAAACUACACGUUUAACCCUGCAAUGGAUACAGUGGCCAUCUGGCUCGCCUGGGCAAAUGGAGCCAUCAAUCCCCUGAUCUACGCUCUGAGGAACCCCAACAUAUCCAUGUUACUGGGCCGGAGCAGAGAGGAGGGUUAUCGGACAAGAAAUAUCGCUGCGUACCUCUCAAGCCAAACCCAGAACCGUGAGAUCCGACUUAAUCAGGCAGAGAGAAUAAGGGACCGUUACGUGAGCCGUGUAGGGAUUAAUAACAACAGCCGCCUCUCCAGUUCUAGCCCUGGAAAAGGAGGAGAGGUGGCAAUGUGGGCCUGUAAAAACCCUGCUGUGUUCUUUUGCAGGGACGCCCAGUCUGACACUGCAACGCUACCCAACUCUGUCAGCACUCAGAAGAUGAAGACUGCUGACACCAGCCUGUGACAUUCCUUUGGAAACUCCAGAUUCAUCAGAUCACAGAAUGUCAAAAAAAGGGUUUAUGAUAUUAAUAACAAUUUGACCAGAAACAAACAUCAUCUUAUCUUCAGGAGUUAGCUGUAGGCAACUGGACUUGCUUGAGUUAAGCCUGAAGACAUUUCACCUCUGAUCCAAGAGGCUUCUUGAUUUCUGAAUAACUGGUGGAAAAAACAGGUGAAACUCAGGGCUGUCCUCACAAAAACCAGUCUAGGGGAAUCCACUUAUGUUUUUUAUUGUAUUGACAUUUAAUUCCCAAGGAAACAGCAUUGGAGGAGCCCUAUUUUUUUUAGAAGCGCUAUUUUUUGAAACCAGAUUCUAGAGUGGGAAAAUCUGGGUGGGGGACUGAAUUUAACCUCCUGGAGGGAGGUGGCACAGACACUAGGGAAGACAACAGAGUCCUGACAAGUCUCGGGUGGCUGAACUGUGAGCUGCUCGAAUGUGUGGCUCUGUGCAGCUCAUUAGCACAAGCAUGAAAAUACAAAUAUUGAAAACCCCUGAACCUUUUAUUUUUUGUGCAUUCUCUUUUGAUCUGGACAGCACAACCCCUCUAAUGACUUAAAAACGUAAUAAAAGUUACAAGGACAUAACUUAAUAAAAGGCGCUACUUUAUUGACUUUUGGUUCUUUAUGUCACGGCCGUAACGCACUCAAACACAGUGUGGACCCAAAUACACAAG